AUGCCCUUUGCACUGACUACUGGGGCCAGAUGCUUGACACUUGAUCAUGAAUUCCCUUAUGACAUUGGUGUCAAGCAAGGAAAUGGAAGCCAUGGCAAAGUGAAAAUUGGGAGGAAGGAACACCAAGCAAAAUAUGAAGGAAGAUGCCACCGCAAGGUGCUGCGCGACAACAUCCAGGGCAUCACCAAGCCCGCCAUCCGCCGCCCGGCCCGGCGCGGCGACGCCAAGCACAUCUCGGGGCUCAUCUACGAGGAGACCCGCGGCGUGCUCAAGGUCUUCCUGGAGAACUUCAUCCGCGACGCCGUCACCUACACGGAGCACGCCAAGCGAAAGACGGUCACGGCCAUGGACGUGGUCUACGCGCUCAAGUGCCAGGGCCCCACGCUCCUCAGCUUCGGCGGCUGA